UUUCACCUGAAAGUGGGAAUAAGUGAAUUUACACCGCUGGGGAUGACUAGGUGUGAGAGUGAGUAGUCGCAGUUGUGCCAACAAUAGCCGCAGAAAGGGGAGGAAUAAAUAAUGGUAAAGUCGUGACAGCUAUUCACGCUUUCAUCUGUCUGGUCAAGUGUAAUGACACGGCAGAAAAAUAAACACUCCCCUACUCCGGGAGUUGUUGUUUUCUUAGCUUUGAUCAGCUCGAGAAGUUCCACAAUUUCAGCAAAAGGGCUUGUAUUUGAAAAACAACACCUGACGAGGAGUUUUCUCACGGGAUCAGCUUGCUGAAGUGCAGGGGGAGAAAAGUUGUAGCAUUGUAAUCGGAGGCCUCUCAGUUGACCUGUUGAGAAUACUUGACCUGUGCCAGAGCCCAGCGAUGUGGAUCUGCAUGGUUUACAAUGAGACAGACACCAGUGUGGACUACCGGCUCUGCCAGGACUUUGGCCUCAUUCUGUCAAUUCUCUCCCUCAUCUACCUCCUGGUGUGCUUCCCACUGGGGCUGUGCUACAAUGUGCUGCUGGUCGUGGUGAACCUCUCCAACAAGGUGUCCAUGACCAUGCCCGACGUCUACUUUGUCAACAUGGCCAUUGCAGGUCUGGUGCUCAACCUGGUGGCGCCCGUGGAGCUCCUGAGCUCUACCUUCACCCGGUGGCAUGUGUGGCAGUACAGUGACGAGGUCUACAUCACCCUGCUCAUCCUUUUCAACAUCUCAUCCCUGGUUAUCAUGUAUUCCACCACGCUGCUCAGUCUGGACUACUACAUAGAGCGGGCGCUGCCUCGUACAUACAUGUCUAGUGUGUAUAACACCAAACAUGUGUGCGGGUUCAUCUGGGGUGGCGCAGUGCUCACAAGCUUCUCUUCACUGCUCUUCUAUGUGUGCAAUCACAUCUCCACCAAGAUGGUUGAGUGCUCCAAAAUGCAGAACAAGGAGGCAGCGGACUCGAUCAUGAUGUUCAUUGGCUACGUGGUGCCCGCUCUGGCUGUUCUUUAUGCUUUUGUGCUCAUUCUGCGCAUCAGGAAGGAAUCUACACCUCUGGAUCAGGACUCUGCUCGCUUGGAUCCUUCCAUACACAGGUUGCUGCUAGCCUCAGUCUGUGUGCAGUUUGUACUGUGGACUCCAUACUACAUGACCCUUUUGGUACAUACUAUAGCUGUUGCACCAGGUUACAUUAGCAGUGCACAUUACUUGCCUAUCUAUUAUUUCUUGAGAUGCGUAUCUAAACUGCUGGCUUUCUCCAGCAGCUUUGCAAUGCCUCUUAUGUACAGGCAGAUGAACAAAAACUUCUCCAACAAGCUCCAGCGGCUGCUCAGCAGGCUGCAUUGCAGAGACCAGUCCUGCCCUCGUGAACACUCAACAGUGCAGCAAGUGGUGACGUGAGACUUCCCCCCCAUUUUCCACCUCUUGGCUUAGCCAGCACUUAUCUCCCCUCUACAACACCAGUAUCUGACUGGGCUCACUCACUGCUCUGGACUGUUUUGAGAGCAACAUAGCUAACUCUGGAAUUUCCUGUCACCUUCCUGGAUUUGAUCUGAACCAUCCAGUUCUGCAGUGAGGGGACAAGCCAAAUAAAACCACUAAGUGCUGCUUUUGACUUUUUUUUUUUUUUGACUAAAUUUCUCCACCUAGAAACUCAGGCUUCUAGUUUACGGGUGGUAAAUUUGGCACAACCAUCCAAUAACUACCCAGGGCAGAGUUUCACAACAAAAUCCUUUGUUGGUGGGUGUGGUUUUUGUGCCUACAUUUCACCUCUAACACACAAGCAGAACCAAUAAGCUAUAAAAAUUUUACUAUCAAAUGCAGCCAAGUUUGUUUUUUUUCUUCACAGAACCCUCUCCACCCCUGCAAUGAUGGCGGCCGUAAGCGACCAGUGCUAAUGAACAGUGUGUGUGCCAGUGAAAAUCACUGUUUACCGCCCUCAAACUAGAAGCCUUGGCUCUUUCUUUUUAUUUGAUCCCAGUUUUCCUUCUACUUUAAUGUGUUGUGAUUAUCAGAUUAAAUAAUCUUCACAUUUUAAAAGUGGAGUACGAUAUUAAAUGGUAAAUGGACUAGCUCUUAUAUAGCGCUUUUCUACUCAGUCAGAGCACUCAAAGCGCUUACACAACAGCGCUUACAUACACAACACAACACACAUUAAGUGUGUCUUGGAUGAACACCAGUACUGCCCUGUGGCUAGAAGUAGGUACAGGUAUUAAGAUGUGUUCCCAUUUUAAUUUUAUAGAUUGUAUUCUGAGGUUUUGAUCCACUCAAACACACAAAGAGAUUAUUUUUACAUGUGCCAAGCUCCACUACAUAUAUAGGCAUCCACACCACUUUGAAAUCACACAGAACUAAAUGGAAUCCUCAUGUAAAGCUUGUAUUCAGGGUUCAGACAUAACCAGUAUACCUCUUGUGAUCUCUGCUGAAAUAACCUUACCUGUUAACCAGAAACAGUUCGAAAUCGACUCACUCUGCUGAGCUGACAGCCAGUGUUUUGCUAAGCUUUGUUCUAUUUAUGUGGGAAUUAUGCAUGCAGAGCAACACUUAUGGUCAGUGAAGUCCACACAUGGUCACAGAGAGGGCCCUGAGGAGGUGGCACGUACAGCCCACGAGUCUCACGAGUGGCUGUGAGGUUUUUGCGCACUGGCAGUAUCAAAAGCCUUCUUAAAAAUAUGAAAAGCUUAGUUGAGAAGCACCUGGAAGCAGUGUGUUUGACAUAGAAGAGACUGAACUGUAAAGCUGCUCAUAUGCAUUAAGGUAAUAUGCACAUUAUUAUCAAAGCUGCUUUGCUUCCUUGCCCACCACUUGGGAAGCAGCAAACAGAGCAAUCUGAUGGCGAUGAAUCCCAGUUAUGAGAUAAGAAAUAAAAGCUUGUUCUAGCAUUUGGUCUGCUGCUUCACUGCGUCAGUUUGCAUACUGAAUUAAAGGGCCAGUUUGUUCAUCAGCCUGUGAAACGAUACACCAGCGAGGUGGGGCAACAACUUGAAGUUAAAUGGAGGGGACACUCUUAAUUAAUCAUAUGUUUAUAUUCAAUUUUGAUUUACACCUUCAAACAUACAUUAACUCUGUUAAUGACCAGAACCUGAGCUGAGCUAAAAUGUUUGAAGCAUUUCAGUGAGUGUAAAAUGUGAAGGAAUGGCAGACAUACUAACAGGUUUGACAUUUUUUACUAUCAAGAUUGUAACAAAGACACGUACGCACACUCUCUACUUUUCCAAACAUUUCAUGUACUCCCCUUGUUACAUGCGUAUGCAUUCAGUCAGUGGGAAAUAUUUUAACCUAAAACUGUUUACAUUGUGUGCCGCUAUACGCUGCCCCACAAAAACCUUGAAUCAAAGUUUUUUGGCACAGUUAAACAUUAUUUGCACGCAGUUCAGUGUCCUAAUGUGAACUGAGCAUUUAGGAAUGAAGAGCAAACAGUUGCCUGAAUUUCUGGAAGUCGUUUUUUUUUUUUUUUUUAGAUGGUGGUUCACAUGAUAGUGUCAGAAAUUGCAAUUUUGAUUACACAUAUUUUUCAAAAAGCCUUAAUUAUAGGUUCAACUCUCAUAAAACUAUACUUAGCAUUGAAGUGAACAUUUGAGCAGACACCAGUUGUGUGUUUUUAUGCAGUUCAUCUGAUAUAUUCAUUUUAUGUAGGUUUUAUGAAAAGAUAUCAAAAACAGAGGGUGCUCAGCAUAAUUAAACGUGCUACUUUGAAAAUAAACCUUUUUAGAAGUUUCAAAUUUGAAUUUAAGACCUGAAGCUGCACCAAAUAAAAGAGAAUGACAAUCAUGUGGAGAUUGCGCUGAGAAUAGCUAAAUAACUGCACUACGUUGCUUCAAAAUCCUAUCGAGUUUUUCUGGAUUGCUUGAAAAUGAUGUGUGCAUGUGCCAUCUAACUUUGCCUGAUCAUUUUUUCAUAACCACUGCUGUAAUUUCACCCAUUACUGGUAAUGAUUAGCAAUCACUACAUGGACUGAUUGCAUGAUCUUCACGACUGGAAAAUAAAGCAUGAUCAAAGCUCAAAUCACACCUAACUGAGAUGACUGCUCGUGUCUGAGAUUGAUUUAUUAUUUCAGAGGGGGGGGGGGCAAAACCUCACAUCGGCGCAAAGAAACGGCCUCAAAGUUCUUGUGUGUUGAAUAUAUACAGAUGCAUUUUAGUUAUUUGAACAACCAAACCUCAAAUAUCCAGAUGAAUCCACACUCAGAUGUUAUGCUUUCGUGACUGUGUAUACAAGUGUAUAUGUAUAAUACAAAAUUAUUUGUAUAUAUUGUAUGUAAAAGAUUUGUAGGAUACCAUGCUCUUUGGAAAAAAUGCAGUAUUAUUUUCUGAGAGAUAUAUUUAGAUUCUGUAAGUACUCU